CCCGCUGCGCUGUGCACCCGCGUCCACGCAGCCGCCGUCUGCCUCUGAGUCGCAGCUGUCCGCCAUGACUCCCCGCCUGCUGGCCGUCCUGGCCCUCGUUCAGGUGGUGCUCCCGGAGCCGGCGUGGCUGGCGACAGGACCACUGACUCUGGCGCAACUUGCAGCGGGUCAGCUGUCGAGCACUGAUCUGACUGAGAGUCAGCUGACGGAGAGUCAGCUGAUGGAGAGUCAGCUGGCGAGCAGCCUGGAGUCGGAGAGCCAGGCGUCAGUGAAUCAGCUGACUCUGGAGCAGCUUGCAGAGGGUCAGCUGUCGAGCGCUGAUCUGACAGAGAAUCAGCUGACGGAGAGCCACCUAACGGAGAGUCAGCUGACGGAGAGCCAGCUGACGGAGAACCAGCUGACGGAGAGUCAGCUGAUGGGCAGCCUUGAGUCGGAGACCCAGGCGUCAGCGGGUCAACUGACGGGAGACGGGCGGCUGGGGGACGGGCCGGCGCCGGCCGCCGAGCCGUUCCGAGUGUUCUGGAACGUGCCGUCAGCCCCGUGUACCCAGUCUUUCGGCGUCGACCUCAAUCCCGGACAGUACGGCUUCACGGUGAACGCCGGCGAGAAGUUCGCUGGGGAGCAGAUCGCCCUGCUCUACUCUCCAGGUUUGUUUCCGAAUAUUCUGAAGAACGGCUCGGAAGUGAAUGGCGGCCUGCCGCAGGUGGGGUCGCUGGACGUCCACCUGAAGCGGUUCCAGGAGGACCUGGAACGAUCCGUGCCAGACGUCAACUUCAGCGGCUCGGGAGGACUUUGAGUGGUGGGCUCGCCUGUU